AAUAUAGCAGUCGCAGGGGAUUAGGUCCCAAUAGAAUACCCCAACAAGCCAAAAAAUAAUUGUGAUAGCUUCCUACUACAAGAAAGGGGGCGUUGGUUGAAGGAAGCGUUCUGUAUUUUUCGCUGACUCAGAAAAUCUUCCCCUUUUUGCAACAUGGAUGUCAAGGUCUGCCUCUGCCUUCUCAUACUCGGUGCUGUGUGUUGUACUGCUAGAGAAUUAGCAGCCCCUGACCUCCUUAUUAAAGAAACCACGGAUGUUUCAGCAUUGUGGAUAAGUAACCUACAGGCACAGAAACAACUUCAGUCUCUGAAAGACGUCGAAGGAUUGUGCACAUUGUGUGAAGAAUAUACUGCUAGUGCACUUGGUUACCUUUCUAAUAACGAGACCCAAACAAAGAUACUUGACCUACUUCUCAACACCUGUUCGAAGAUGCCAAUAUACAAGCUCAAGUGCACUGCCCUGGUGGAUCAGUAUGUUCGUCCCUUCUUCUUAGUGAUCUCCACUAUAAAACCUGACGAUAUUUGCCAAAAGGUUGACCUUUGUCAGAAAGUGGUUUCCAUCUCUCAACAGUUCUCUCAGAAUGGCUGUGACUUGUGUCAUCAAGUGGUUAAAGAGACACUUUUGAAAUUGAAAAAUCCUGACACUCAGUUAGACAUACUUGAGUUGCUCCUGAAGGCAUGUGGAUCUGUUGAAAAAUAUGCUAAUAAGUGCAAGAAAAUGGUCUUUGAAUAUGCACCAGUGAUCCUCGUUAAUGCGGAACAUUUUCUGGAGAAAAAUGACGUAUGCACCAUCUUGCAUGCCUGUGAGCCUGCUGUUGGUAAAGAGGAAGUGUUACCAAAGAUGCAAACUUCAAUGCAUUCUGCCUCUUAAGGAAUACAGGUUAUUGACACUAGCUUUGGGAUGUGUUAUAGUUAAACAACUGGAUACCAUUUUUCUGUUUGUGCCUUAUUGUGUAUAGUGUGUGAAAUUGAAGUGCAAACUUCAUCUCUUGUUUAUAUGCAUUGAUGUUUAUCUAAGAAGCUUAAUUUAAUAAAAGUCGGUCGUUCUUGAUUGCUA